GCUUUCAUUUUACGAUAAGGUGGAAGAAGGUGCAGCAUCAGUGGUUAAACUGGAAAUAUGAGCUGGGCAAAACCCUAUGUCGAGGAACAGACCACGAUCACAGGGAGAACUAAUUUGGUUCUUUUCUGUACCGGUGGCUUCAUGUCUAUCGUUCCCUGAUUUGAUGCAGGACUUUUCUGUUCUGCAGGAGCAUCCAGACUAUCACCUCCUGGCACCCAACCUGUGAUCUAGAACCCCCCCCCUAAAGCUUUGUUUAAAUUCCCUGAACUAAUGAGGUGUAAUACAAUCUUCUAUACCAUGGCUCUUGCCAUUACAUUUCUGCUCUUCUUUUACCUAACGGUAAAUCUAGAGAUGACCAAUACCAACCAGGUGAUUAACUCCUCAAAGCAGCUGUACUUCACAUCUGCCCCUCUGAACAUUCACAUUACCGUGGCUUCUGACGACCUGAUGAAGCUCAUCCCUCAGGACACCGCGUACUGGAACCGUCUGUUCUACUCUGCAGUGAAGGAUUUGAACGCCAGCAACUCUUCGAGAAAAGAGCACCCCUGGUCUGUCUGCAGGGAAGAGAAUCAGGAUCUGCUGCGACUAAACAUCCAUGACUUUCACUCCUAUCCGGGGCUGAUUCAGACAUUCCUGAUGGGCAUGAACUGCAGAGCUCCUCCGAUCUUGAUCAAUCAGCCCGCCAAGUGCAGCAACCACACCUACCUGCUGUUCGCCAUCAAGUCCUCCCCAGCAAAUUUUGAGAGGAGGCAAGCGGUGCGGGAGACAUGGGGGCGAGAGGGGGUGUAUAUGAACGGACGGAGGGUCCGUUUGGUGUUCUUCCUUGGCAACCAACCUCCAGAUGACCCCGACGUUGGCACAUUGCUGUCAUUUGAGGCCAAACACUUUAAAGACAUCGUGCAGUGGGACUUCCAGGAGUCCCUCCUGAACCUGACUCUCAAGAUGGACAUGUUCCUCCAGUGGACUGUGAGAAACUGUCCCCAGGUGUCCUUUGUCUUCAGUGGGGAUGAUGAUGUUUUUGUCAACACCGAUGGACUGAUCGAUUACCUGGUAUCUCUAGACGCCUCUAAAGCAUCUCGGCUGUACACUGGACAUGUCCUGACCACAGCUAGUCCCCUCAGGGACCCUAGAAGCAAAUACUACAUCCCUCUGUCCUUCUUCAGCGGCCCCUACCCCGCCUACGCUGGUGGAGGUGGGUUUGUGAUCUCAGGUGACUUGAUGCCGUCUCUUUCUUUCGUCUCAAAGUUGUUUCCUCUGUUCCCCAUUGAUGACGUGUAUAUGGGCCUGUGCAUGAAGGCUCUGGGAGUUGUCGCAGAGGGGAAUGAAAGGUUUCAGACCUUUGAUGUUAGGAAAGAAGAUCGUGAGAAUAUAUGCGUACACAAGGGCAAUCUUCUGAUCCACCAGCGCUCCCCGAGGGAGAUCGAGAGAAUGUGGAAGGGCAUCCACCAUCCAAAGCUGACGUGUUGAACUGAUGGGUAAAGAGCAACGAGGCCUGCAUGGAUUCUG